UGUCUCAGCCUCGGGAUGUCCCGUGACGCUGUCAAAUUUGGCCGAAUGUCCAAGAAGCAACGCGACAGCCUCCAUGCCGAGGUCCAGAAACAGCUGCAGCAGCAGCAGCAACAUCAAGGUGGAGAGGGUUCCACCUUCUCCUUGGGCAUGGCCAAUGGACAACUCAAGCUGGACCCUUCUCCAGAUCUCCGAGAAGGCAGCAGCUGCUCUCCUGCUCUCCUCAAUGGACAGACCCGCCUUAGCCCGUCUCCGGAUGAGACAGCGGGCUUGGCCUACUCUAACGGACUCCCCAAGGCUCAGCGCCUCCUGGCUGAAGACCGGCCAGACACCUUCAAGAAGGGGUACGGUGCUGGGGUCAUCAAGGUGGAACCCAGGACGAGCGUCUAUUACGCUUUGGAGACGCAGGCGUCACCAGACCACCUGUCCCCCAAUGUCAGCAGAGCGGAACGGACAGCCGCCAGUGACACCCUUGACUUCCACCCCAACCCGAGCUUCACCAGCUUCCUGGAGUGUCCACACGCUUCGCUGAUGGAGAUUGAGCACUUGACCCAGAACGUUCUCAAGUCCUACCGCGAGACCUGUCAACUCCGCUUGGAAGACCUCCAGCUGCUGAGGUGGGAGACCUUCACCCGAGAAGAAAUUGGGAGCUACCAGAAGAAGACAAUGGAGGAAAUGUGGGAAAACUGUGCGUGCCGCAUCACGGAAGCCAUCCAAUACGUGGUGGAGUUUGCCAAGAGAAUGGGUGGAUUCAUGGACCUCUGCCAGAAUGAUCAGAUUGUGCUUCUCAAAGCAGGUGCCAUGGAGGUCGUUCUGGUGAGGAUGUGCCGAGCCUUCAAUUCUGAGAACCGGACAGUCUUCUUUGAGGGCAAAUACGCCGGCUCAGAAGUUUUCAAGUCUCUGGGGUGCAGCGAACUUAUCAACUCCAUCUUCGACUUUGCGCACAGCCUGUGUUCGCUCCACUUCUCCGAGAACGAAAUUGCCCUCUUCACCGCUCUGGUGCUGAUCAACGCAAAUCGCCCGUGGUUGCAGGAAAGAAGCAAAGUGGCUUAUCUGCAAAACAACCUUGAAGUGGCGUUCAAGCAGAUGCUGCAGAAAAGUCACCGGGAAGGCAUCCUGGCGAAGUUGCCGCCCAAAGGAAAGUUGCGCAGCCUCUGUUCCCAGCACGUGGAGAAGCUCCGUUCCUUUCGACAGAUGUACCCCCUGGUCGUCCACGCGGUUUUCCCACCCCUGUACAAAGAGCUCUUCAGCUCAGACUCUGACCCACUGAUCCAGGGACCCACAGGGGAGUAA